AUGUCAGUCCAGACUGUCUCCAUUCAGCCCUUCACGGACCAGAAGCCCGGCACUUCUGGUCUUCGCAAGAAGGUCAAGGUGUUCGAGCAGCCUCACUACUCCGAGUCGUUCAUUACCAGCAUCCUUCUCUCCAUCCCCGAAGGUGCCCAGGGAGCCUUCCUUGUCAUUGGCGGUGAUGGUCGUUACUACAACCCCGAGGUGAUCUCUAAGAUUGCGAAGAUCAGUGCCGCCUACGGUGUCAAGAAGCUGCUGGUCGGCCAGAAUGGCAUUCUCAGUACCCCUGCUGCCAGCAACUUGAUCCGUGUUCGCAAGGCCACGGGUGGUAUCUUGCUGACUGCCAGUCACAACCCUGGUGUACAACUUGUCCAACGGUGCCCCCGCCCCGAGACCGUGACCAACAAGAUCUUUGAAGCCUCCAAGUCCCUCACCUCUUACAACUACGUUGAGAUGCCCGAUGUCGACACCUCCGUCAUUGGUACCAAGAGCUACGGCCCCAUUGAGGUCGAGGUUGUCCACUCCACCGCCGAUUACGUGACCAUGAUGAAGGAGAUCUUCGAUUUCGACCUGAUCAAGGACUUCCUUAACACCCACAAGGACUUCAAGGUGCUCUUCGACGGUAUGCACGGUGUCACCGGCCCCUACGGCGUCGACAUCUUCCAGAAGGAGCUCGGCUUGCCCGCCAGCAGCACCAUGAACUGCAAGCCCUUGCCGGACUUUGGUGGCGGCCACCCCGACCCCAACCUCGUCUAUGCUCACGAUCUCGUUGAGGCCGUCGACAAGAACGGUGUGCACUUCGGUGCUGCCAGUGACGGUGACGGUGACCGCAACAUGAUCUACGGCGCCAACUCUUUCGUCUCCCCCGGUGACAGCUUGGCCAUCAUUGCCCACCACGCCAAACUCAUUCCCUGGUUCAAGAAGCAGGGCGUGUACGGUCUCGCCCGCUCCAUGCCUACUUCCGGCGCGGUUGACCGUGUCGCCAAGGCCCAAGGUCUUGAGAGCUACGAGGUGCCCACCGGCUGGAAGUUCUUCUGCAACCUGUUUGACAACAAGAAGAUCUCCAUCUGUGGUGAGGAAUCCUUCGGCACUGGUAGCAACCAUAUCCGUGAGAAGGACGGUGUCUGGGCCGUUGUCGCCUGGCUGAACAUCAUUGCUGGUGUGGCCAAGCAGACCCCCAAUGAGACCCCCAGCAUUGCCUCCAUCCAGAAUGACUUCUGGAAGACCUACGGCCGUACCUUCUUCACUCGCUACGACUAUGAAAACGUCGACAGCGAAGGUGCCAACAAAGUCAUUGGCGUCUUGUCCGACCUCGUCGCCAACCGCGACACCUUCAUCGGCUCCACCAUCUCUGGCCGCAAAGUCACUGACGCCGGUAACUUCUCCUACACUGACCUCGACGGUAGCGUGUCCAAGAACCAGGGCUUGUAUGCCAAGUUUGAUGACGGCUCCCGCAUCGUCGUCCGUCUGUCCGGCACCGGCAGCAGUGGCGCCACCAUUCGUCUGUACAUUGAGCGCUACGAGAGCGAUAGCUCCAAGUUCGGCCUCAGUGCCCAGGAAUACCUUGCUGACAACGUCUCCCUCGCCCUGCAGCUCCUCAAGUUCAAGGAAUUCGUCGGCCGUGAGGAGCCCGAUGUCAAGACCUAA